GUGAAGUUAGACAUUUCAAGAUCAACAAUUCUAAUAUUAUUUUCUUCCUGAUGAUAUUGCAAAUACGUUUUUAACAAUUUCUGAUUAAAAAACAACGAAGUCUAAAUAAGGUCUAAAUCAUAGAACAAAAGCCCAUAAAUCAAUUUAAACUACGAUAAGAAAAUAAAGAUCAAUUGUGGCUAACUUCGCAUUGUAAUUUACAGUGUGUAAAUGGUGGUAUUACCAUCACUUUAUUUCUCAAACUUUAAGGGAAUGUAAACAAAAUAAUAGGCUUUUUUAAGUGGUUGUACUGAAUUUUUGCCCUAAAAAAUAUUACAGCAUGGAUGACCCUCAAUCGCAAUUAUCCUGCAUUGAUAUAAACAGUUCUCUUUUUAAAGAAAUAAAAUAUUUUAUAACUGGAGAUGUGGAAGAAAAGAUUAUCGAUUUGUUAAAGAAAGGCGGCGCUGAAAGAUUAAAUUAUUUCUCAGACUACGUAACACAUUUAAUUGUAGGAGACAAUCCUGAAGAAAAUGAUAUUGUCGAUGCGACCGAUGUUUAUGAAAUUCCAGUGGUAACUGCAAAAUGGAUAUUAAUGUGUACAUUCCUUCGAAGGAUUGUCAGUACAAAGCCCUAUUCGAUUGUAACCAAUGAUAAACUCUUUUACAACCUAACAUUUUGCUUUAGUUCAAUCAGAGAAGAUCGAAACUACCUUUGGGCAAUAAUAACUUAUAAUGGAGGAAAAGUUCAAUUGAAUUUUAAUAAAAGAUGCAAUUUCCUUGUUACCACUGAAACGAGAGGUCGUAAAUACGAAAAGGCUGAAGAAAUAGGACCGGAAUAUAUUAAAAUUAUUACACCAGAUUGGGUAGUUCAAUCUGUCAGAGAGAAUAACCUAUUAGAUUGCGCUUUGUUUCAUCCCAAGUUGAUCGACUGGCCUAAACCAUUUCAAUAUAAGAGCACAACAGCUAUUACGGGAUUUGAGCCUGAGCAACCUAACAUCGAGGAAAAACCUGAGGAGAAAGUUGUUUCUGAUUCAACUCAAGCUCUAUUAGAAAAACUAAAACAGAGGAUGCCAUGGAAUCAACCAAACACUUCUUCUGUUCCAAUGACUUCUAGUUCGGAUCCUGUAGCUCCACCAAACGUCGUUGCUCCUAGUUUCAUGCAAAUAUCUCAUCAGAAUCAAGCUCAGAAAAUGCAGCCAAUAAUAACUCAACAGCAGCAAAAUACACCUCAGUCUCCUAUUAAUAACGCUUUUCCGCAAAUUCCCCAAUCACCUACUUCUUUGAACAAUCAGAUACCAAAAAGCAUUAUCCAUCAUACACCAAAUCAACAACAGGGCUUUCAGCAACAUUUGCCCCAACCUCAACAACAACAACAGCAAAUUCCUGUGAACGUCAACAGGUUACUUGGUCAGCAACAACAACGUCCUAAUCUUCAGUUACGAGGAGGACCAAUGUCUCAACAGCUACAGCAACAAUUACUACAACAACAGCAACAACAACAGCAGCAGCAGCAGCAGCAGCAACAACAUCAAAACCAAGGAAAUGUAAUUCAGAGGGGACCAACUCCGCAAUUGGCCACUUCUCAGCAACAAUUACUACAACAGCAAUUGGUCCAACGUCAAUUAGCUCAGAGGCAGCUUAUACAAAAUCAAUUACUACAGCAACAGCAACAACAGCAAUUAAAUACUGGUCAACAACAGCAACAGCAGAUUGUGCAAAAUCCACAACAAAUAGUGACUUCUCAACAUUUAGGGCAGUUAACUCAACAACAGCUGGCUCAAUUACAACAACAACAGCAACAAUUACAACUUAAACAGCAAAAUAAGAUUCAGAUAUCCCAAAAUCAGCAAUUACAAUUGAAUCAAAACCUACAACAGUUGCAGAUGAGCCAAAAUCAGCAACUGCAAUUGAAUCCCAAUACUCAGCAGUUGCAGAUAAAUCAGAAUCAGUUGCAGUUGAAUCAGAAUCAGCCGCAGUUGCAGAUGAAUCAAAAUCAACAGCAGUUGAAUCAGAAUCCGCAGCAAAUGCAACUGAAUCCAGCACAGACGCAGUUGCAAAUAAAUCAACAGCAAAUGAAAUUGCAACAAAAUCAGCAACAGAUCCAUCCAAACGGCAAUCAGCCAGGCCAGCUGAAUCAGAAUCAGCAACAGAUUCAAUUGAAUCAGGUUCAACAGAAUCAACAAGUUCCUAUUAAUACGAAUCAACAAUUAAAUCAAAAUCAACAGAUGCAAUUGACUCAAAGCCAGCAAUUACAACAGGGCACUCAGUCGGUUCAAAUUUCUACAAACCUUCAGCAAAUUCAAACGCAGCAAGUCCAAAAUCAGCAAAUCAUGCAGAAUCAAGUGAUCCAAUCACAACAACAAAACCAGAUCGCACAACAGCAAAAUCCGCAGCAAAUGCAAUUGAACCAACAACAGCAAAACUUCGUCCAGCAAAAUCAACAUUUAAUGUCGCAGCAGAAUCAGCAACUCGUACAACAGAAACAAUUUUUAUUGAACCAACAUCCGACUAGUCAACAGCAAUUCAUUAAUACACCUUUCACUCAAAAUCAAGACAUGAAUCAGACGAAUCAGUUGAAUCAACAGCCCAAUAUUAACAUACAAUCGUUGAAUCAGCAAUUGAGCACACAGAAUUUGGGCCAGCAACUGAACCAACAGCAAUUGAACCAGCAAUUGACUCAGCAACCAACUUCAGUACAACAGAAUCAAAUGGUGCAACAACAGCAACUCAAUUCGCAAGACCAGCUUGAUCAGAGGCUGACCCAACAGAAUCAAUUGAACCAGCUGAACCAUCUCAAUCAACAGAACCAAUUGAAUCAGGGCAAUCAGAUGAAUCAGCAAGGCCAACUUAAUCAGCAACAGCUGAAUCAGCAGAACCAAUUGAACCAGCAGCAAAAUCAGUUGAACCAACAAUUGUCUCAAUCGGCUUUAGAUCAGGAGCUGGGACAAUUGAACCAACAGUUAAAUCAGCAGAUACAACAGCAACAAAUGAACAGGCAACAACAACAACAACAACAACAAAUUCAGCAAUCGAUGGGCCCACAGAAUAUGCAACAACAGCCAAUCAAUCAGGUAAAUCCCGGACUUCAGCAAGUUGUUCGUACACAAUUUCAACAACAGCCUAACAUGGGUCAGCAAAUCUUGAUCAAUCAAGCUUCCCCUCAGAAUCCAAACGUACAACGACAACAAAUGAAUCAACCGAUUUGGACACAACAACCGACCCAAAUUGUAGGACAGCAAAUAAUUAGACAUCCCGUAAAUGUUAUACAGCAGGGUGCUCCGAGAGUUCAGUGGUCACCGAACGCCCAGCAAGGGAAUCUUCCCCAAAGGCAAUUCAUCCAUUUGGACGCGAGAACACACCAAGAGUUGCAGAAAAUGCCACCUGAGCAACAGACCAUGUUCUUCGCUAGGAUCCAAAAGCACCGGCAGAUUCUUAAACAACGAGGAGGAAGCCACAUUUUAAUUAAAGGUAACGUCCCGCCUGGUCUCACGACCCAACAACAAGUCCAAUGGCUUCAACAACAGGCUAAACAGCAAGGGAUCGUUCUUCCCGCUAAUAUACAACAGCAGAACAUUACACCAGGAACUUUAACGCAACCCGGUACUCUGGGACCUCAGCAGAGUCUCCAGCACGCCCCCGGAUUGAGCCCCAUCAACCAAAACGGGGCCCCGUUUGUCGAGCAGGCGCAGCAGCAGCAGCAGCAACAGCAGCAGAUCCAAUUGAGGCAGUUCAGGUUGCAGCAACUGCAGUUGCAGAGGGAGCAGGCGCAAAAGAAUCACUUGGCUCAACAACAAGGUGCAAUACCCCAACAGGCAGUGGUGAGACCCUUGGGUCCGGCGCCCUUGGCAGAUUCGACGACCAACAUCCAGCAUGUUCAGGACGCGAGUAGUCAGAACCCCCUGGUGGUCAACGCGAAAACCAAGACAGCUUUAGCCAAUAUGCUAAGCAUUAAACUGCAAAGCGGUGGUUCCUCGGUGGGUGUUCAGCGACCGGAGGCCAUUCCUGAGCCCUCUGCUGCAGGAACUUUAAGAUUGAUGACUGCCCAACAUAACGCCGCCUUGAAUCAGAAACCCCAAGAAAUCAUCGCCCUUCAACGUAGAACCAUUACCGGUCCUAACGGGGAGAUAAUAAAAACUCCAGGAAGUACUGCGCAUCCUAUGGUACCCAUAAAUGAAUCUCCGAAGCUCCAAUACGGCCCCAAGGCAACCUUACCUGCCCAACACAGACCCGGACCCUUCUACGGACACAACCCCAAUCUUAAAUUACCGCCCGACUUGUUCUUACUGGGCUGCGUGUUUGUUGUGGUAGAACUGGAAGAUUUCCUCGAAGAACGAAUACCAGGCUGGCAACAGAAAAUCGCCAAACACGGAGGCGAAGUGGAGAAACAAUAUGGCGGCCGGGUGACGCACGUCCUGUGCGAAACGCAACGUCACGGCGUCGUCAUGCAAGCCCUGCGAGACUGCAAGCGAUGCGUAACAAUUAUCUGGCUGAGCGACGUCAUGCAGAGGAAGCAAGUGUUGCCCCCUUGGACGGCCCUGCAUCUGCCCAACGUCUACUUGGACACCACUCCUGCUGCCAAGCAUCUGAUAUCGAUUAGUGGCUUCGAAGGGAACGAUAGGGCUAGAGUCAAGCAGAUGAUUAAAUACACCGGGGCUAAGUGUACAUCGUAUUUCUCCAAGCACAAUACCCUUCUGAUAUCGGCCAAAGCGGACGGUAAGAAGUGUUCCUACGCCAAGAAAUGGCAAAUUCCAGUGGUUAAUGUGCAAUGGUUGACGGACGUCGUCUUGGGGCAUUACGCGGCCCUCAAUCAGCUCGAGCACCAGGUUUACCAGCAGUUUCCCGAUCCACCGAACUUCAAUUUCGAUCCGAAAUUGGUCCCGAAUUUAAUGAUGGGCUGGAAAGCGCCUAUUAACAUAUCUCAAGAAUCGUACGAAAGGGUAAAGAGAAGCGCCUCGCCCACAUUAACCCCCAGGAAAUCUAAGAAACUAAAAUUGGAACCCACCGACGAAAACGAUAACAUUAACCACCAACCACCGAGUGAUUCCCCUUACAAAAUCCUGUUCUCGUUCACUCCAGAUGUCAAAGAACUGAAGCGGAAAGUAAUCGAAUUAGGCGGCUGCAUAGCCAAAGACCAACAGGACUUCACGCACCUGGUGAUGCCCCAGCUGGCCAGGACCAACAAGCUCUUCUUCGCCAUAGCCAAGCACGCCCACGUUCUGUCCCAUCAAUGGGUAAACGAUUCGCUGGAGGCCAAGAGAUUCCUCCCCGAAACCGAUUACACCUUGCCACCGGACGCCUUCAACGGCGAAUACCAAUGCGACAUCGAAAAGACCCUCGGCGCCCCGAACAGGAGCGCCCUCUUCGAAGGCAAGUCGUUCUUCGUGACGCCGAGCGUGUUCCCCAGCCGGCGGGUCGUCGUCGAGCUGAUAGAAUGCUGCGGGGGCAAGGUGGAGCGGCGCCGGAGGAGCGCCCAGCAGAUAGAAGGUGCCGCUGCGAACACGUACUUCGUGAUAACCCACGAGGACGAUUUGCACCUGGUGGGCGACUUGCUGAAAGGCAAGAAGGACAUGCCGAGGGUGGUUUGCAACGCGGAGCUGGUGUUCAGCGCCGUGUUGAAGCAGUCGUUUGAGGUGGAGCCCUACGUUGUGAGCGUGUUAUGAUUUAGGGACAAAGAGGACGAGGUGUCGCUUGAUGAUGACAUUGCCAUUGAAAUAGACUGAUGGAUGGAGGAGGUGUUUUAUACAGAUGGUUGAUGAUUGUAAAUUUAUGAAGUGGAGAUUUGUGCGAUUUUGGGUAUAUUUUUUUUCGAAAAUUUGUUGACAAUACUGAUGUAAAAUCUAGUUUUGUAAAAUCAUUAUAUUAGCUAAAUUUAGCAAAUGCAGGGUGUUCCUAAACAUCGUGCUCAUACGAAAGGUAAUUAUUUGGCUUAUUUCAUGACUAAUAGUUCAUAUGAACAUAGGUCUGCAAAUGCUUCGUUACCAAUCUACAGCGUGUUAAAAUUUCGAUUUUUUUAAGCCACUGGUAAUUUCUAAAAUACAAAUUGAAUUAUCUGUUUUGUUAAGAUUUUUUUUUGUUUUUUAAUUUUUUUCGUUUCUGUGAUCAUUAUCGAGAAAAAAAAUAAAAACGAUUUUCGGUUCAAAUGAUUUAUUUUACAAUAGAGAAAACCCUAAAUAAUAAUUUUUAAUCUACAUUAUAAUAAAUGUUGAAAGUGACACUUUCCUACUCAAAUUAUACCUUAUACUAUAUUUGAGCUAAAUAUCUCGAAAACUGCAGGAGCUCUAAAGAAAAAAUGAGAAAAUUUUAAAAUUUCAAC